GACGGAACUCCCGCUGCUGAAAGAUUAAUUGAUGGAGUUUAGUGUAGUCACACCCGCAGAUUUUACUUUUUAAUCUUCUUUACCUGGCUGGGAGACAGAAACCAAGCGUGCUGGUGAGCGUGGAGCGGGAGGAUCUAAAGGGGGUCUGAUCAUUGGCAGUGAUGGCGUUCCGUGAGUUCAAAACCACAGCUGCACAACUGUAUGAUGAGUGGAUCAAAGAUGCAGACCCCAGGACAGAAGACUGGCUGCUCAUGUCCUCUCCACUCCCGCAAACAAUUAUUAUUGCUUUUUAUAUCUACUUUGUGAUGUUGCUGGGGCCCAGGUUAAUGGAGAACAGGAAACCGUUUGAAAUGAAGAAGGUCCUUGUCGUCUAUAACUUCAGCAUUGUGGCCUAUUCUCUAUACAUGUGUUAUGAGUUUGUGAUGUCAGGCUGGGGAACAGGGUAUUCAUUCCACUGCGAUCUUGUAGACUACUCUCGAUCACCACAAGCCAUGAGGAUGGCAUGGACUUGCUGGCUCUAUUACUUCUCCAAGUUCAUUGAGAUGUUGGACACAAUUUUCUUUGUGCUGAGGAAAAAGUACAAUCAGGUGACCUUCCUUCAUGUCUACCAUCAUUCCAUCAUGCCUUUCACCUGGUGGUUUGGAGUCAGAUUUGCUGCAGGUGGCAUGGGGACAUUUCAUGCCCUUCUUAACUGCAUUGUUCAUGUCAUCAUGUAUACAUACUAUGGGCUGUCAGCACUGGGCCCUGCCUACCAGAAGUAUUUAUGGUGGAAGAAGCAUCUGACUUCAAUACAGCUAAUCCAGUUUGUCAUGGUAUCGAGUCAUAUUAGCCAGUACUUCUUCAUGAAAGACUGUCCUUACCAGUACCCCAUAUUCAUCUGCAUCAUUGGUCUUUACGGCUUUGUCUUCCUCCUCCUCUUCCUCCACUUUUGGUACCACGCCUACACGAAAGGCAAAAGGCUUCCCAAAGUCUUGCAAAAAACAAGCAUGGCACAAAACAACAAUGAUGUACACCACAAGACAGAAUAAAUGGCGUGAGGUGACCUACCAAUCGGCAGUGACAACAUACCUAAGAAAGCCAUUUGGCUGCAUUUUUAUAUCAAGAAUAUUUAUGUAUACCAUAAAGGUUUAUCUGGCUGCCCUGAGAAAAUGUUACUGUACAGACCAUGUCCAACAGUCUAGACUGGUUCUUCCCAUCUACACUCAACUGGGCAUUUGAGUUGCAACUGGUGUCCUUGCCCCAUGGGCUGUUCCUGUUGCCAGUAUUUUCCUGUUUUUUUUUUUUUUGCAUACUGGAGUGCUUCCCCCUUAACUGAGAUAUGAAAAGAGACCAAACCCUCCCGGCUCAGGCACCUAAUUUUAUUGAUGUUUUAGAUGCAGUUUUGUAUAUUUUGCUCUUUAAGUCCCAGUGUUUUGUCUAGAUCAGCUAAUAAUGUGGAGAAGUGUUGGCAGGUUCCAUUUGGUAGAAGGAUUGGUCAGUACGCUUCUCCACAACUUAAAGGAAUAGUUCACCCAGAAAUGAAAACUGUCAUUUACUUGCCCUCAGUUUUUUCCAAACCAGUAUUGCUUUCUCUAGUGGAACACUGAAUGUUCCUCAGUCACCUUUCACUUCCAUUGCGUCUUUUUCCAGGCAAUGAAAGUGAAUGGUGACUGAGGAUACUGUAAGGUUUUUUGGUGUUUUAUGGGAAAGAGUCAAACAGGCUUGGAGCAACAUGAGUUGAGUAAAUCAUAUUUUAAUUUUGGGUGGACUGUACCUUUAAAAUUUCUGUUCUCUCUACAGAAUGAGGCAAACUGCAGUUGGUGCUAUCUUCUGUUAUGUUUCUAUUUAUGUUGAAGUGUCUCUCACCCUCUACAUGUGACUUUGAGUUCAGGGUGAAUGUAAGCAGUACUUCGACUGUCCUUGAAGGAACCGAUGCAUUGAUCUUAACUGUGCACUAUUGGUGAAACGGGACAGGAACUAUGAAGCUGUGCUUGACUAUUUAAAAAAAAAAAAAAAAAAGUCUACUUUUUGUUUUUCUUAUUGUGUUGUCAUGAAUUUCUUGACAGGAGCCCACAUAAUUUUUGUAUAAGGAAAUUUAGUAUGAUUAUGGACUGUUUUAAAUAUUUAUGAAAAAAAUAAAUGCUGAAU